GCCUUUUAGGAAAGAACUUCGAGAACAAUGAGAAUGAUUAUACUACUUAAAUGAUAGUUAUGAAUGUAAAAUCCCAAAUCCCAACAAGAAGUCAAGAAACGCAGGGUGCACAUUGUAUCAUAGAAUCGCUAAGUCAAAAAAUCAAUAAUCGGCCAAUCGCCACUCCACAUCUCACGCCGGUGAUUGCUCGCUGGUCGGACGUUGAACCGUCGGUGCAUGGCAGCCUCAACUCUCAACUCUCGAGUCAGCCCCUGCCAAUGUCCACUCGGUUGAAAAAACCAAGAAGUAAGAAAUGUAGAACCAACCUCCGAAUAAGUGGUGUUCAUUCUGUUCAAGAAGAUGAAUGGGUCUGGUGACUGGUCCCCUGGCUAUAGAGGCUUGCUAAUCCCAGAGAGCUCAAAGGGCCAUAAUUGGCCUGAAGGCGGUGUCUGAAGGUCUAUCUUUGAAAGAGGUGGUGACAGUAAACAUGUUAAUCUUUAUUAGAGUUGUGUAGAUACUUAUCAAUGUUGUUAGCCUUCAUUAAUUGUUAAUUACUAGUUGAAGAACACUUUCCAAAUUUCAUUCCUACCGUAUCAAAUGCGUUCGAAAAUAGUGGCUAAACAGUGUUUCUCAGAUUCGGCAAAAAAUCCAUUACUACUAAGUAAAAAAACAGUACUAAAUAAAAAAACAAUUACCUAUUUACACAUUUCUUUUACCUCUGUCAGCAUUGGUUAAAACCAAAUUAAAGCUUUCUUCAAAUUCUUCAAAACAAUCGUGGUUUUUUUUUUGGCUUCAGCGUACACGGUUAUGCCAAGCAAUGCCAAUCCAGUCCACCAAAACAUCUACUUUGGGGGUUUGAGGGAAGAUAUCGAUUGGCUCUCAUCUAUUAAGGGAAAGGGAAAAGUACAGAAAAUGUACAUGUGGUUUGAGUCAUUUUAAGAUAGAGGCACAUAGUUUCAUUUUUUAAUAAAAUGGGACAUGUGUUUCAAUUCUGUUAUCACAGCUGGGGCAUGACGUCUAACGCCGUUAGAAAAAUUAACUCCUAUUUUCAAAAGUCUCCGAACAAUUAAAAAAAAUAUUGGGAGGUGCACCUCGGCUAAGGAUGCUGAGGCCGAUCGUCCUCUUUGUGGAGACAAACGUUUGACGGGUUCCUUCGCUGGAUUAUGUCUGAACUGGGCCUUGGUGGUUUCCUCAUAUAAGGAAUCGGUCAAUCCCCUAUCGGGCCAUUAACCAAC